GUGACUGCAAGCAAGACAGUUCACAGGAGCACGUUCUUACCAAACAACAGCACUGCUUUUCACUAUGUCUUCUUUUCAAGUUUCAGGGAUCCUUUUGGUGUCUAUGCUGAUACUUUUCGCCAGUAGUGCUACGGCACAAGAUCGAGCCAAAUAUCACAUCAAUGAAGCUCAAAUACCUUUUCCCCCGGAGCAUCAAAUUAACACAUUAUCUCCAUCGAAUUAUGUUAUGAAUUCAUUAACUGGAAAAAUUCUUCAAAUCCAACCAGAAGAAAUUCUGAAACCAUACGAGUUUGCUUACAAACUGAAUGAUGGAAACGGGAGUUCUCAACACAGACAAGAAAUUCGCAACGAAAAUGGAGACAUUCGAGGCAGCUACGGUUAUGUAGAUCCUCUUGGAAUAUACAGGAAGGUGGAAUAUUAUACAGAUACAAACGGUUACCAUGCUAAAGUCGAAUCUAACGAACCUGGACUUUCCAAUAAAAACAGUGCUAACACUAUUUUUGUUGUUCAAACUUCACCAGUGGCAAAAAUAAUUCCGGAAAAAUCGCUCCCCUUAUUGCUCUUACCACGAAGAUCUGAGGUGUAAUCAUUGUGUUGUAGAACAUUGGAUAUAAAUGGAUGCUUCUAAAAUAAAUUUUGAUUGUAAGCAUUA